UUAAAAUUAAGUAACAAUGGUGUUUGUAAAAUUUAAUAAAAGUAAUUUUAUUAUUACAUUAGCUGUUAUUCUACCAAUUUUUGUUACGUUUGUAUCUUCUGCAGCAUUAAAAUUGGACGAUAAUGAUAUUGAUACAAUUUUAAGCGAUCCAACAAAACGUGCCAAAUAUUUGGAUUGUUUACGUGGGACAGCACCUUGUACAGAAGAUGGCAAAAAAUUAAAAGAAGCGUUUAAAGAAGUAAUAAAAACAAAUGAAACAAAUCCUGCUGAAGAAAUUAAAAUAGCUGCCAGAAGAGUGUACGACUAUUUAAUUACACAAGUUCCAAAUGAUGUACGAAAUUUUGUCGCCGAUGUUCAAACACAAAAUGAUAAAUUUUGGGAUCGUGUAAAAGAUUUGGUUCGUAAACCAAUUAAUUGGUUACACGAUAAAAUAAAUGAUGACGAUGGAGAUAAUACAGCUGUUGUGGAUAUGUAUCAGGAUGGUCCAACAAUUGUUAUAAGCAGUCGAAAAGGAAAAAAUUGGAAUAAUAACGUUUAGCUGUUGAAGAGAUUUUAAUUUAAAAAUUACGUUAUAGAUUUAGAAAGUAAUUUAUUUUUAUAAAUAUAUAUAUAUAUAUAUUAUUUAAGUAUUAAAUAUUAUCGAUUUAAGCUAAUAUUUUAUUUUUAAAAUACUGUAUGCUUCCAAAUUAAAGCGUCUGGCGUCAAUCAAUUGGCGCAAGGAAAUAUAGGCAAUGUUUUAACAAAAAGUAAUCUAUGAUAUCGAGAAGUAAAAUUUAGGCGGGUAAAACACUAAAUUCCAGGAAAGAUAGUCGUUUUUGCAUUUUUCCCGAUGGUACAGAAUAUUAUGUACAAAAAUCGAAAAGAAUCGAAAAGGCCAUUUUUCGCAUUUAUAAAAAAAAAAAAAAAAAAAAAUAAAUAAAUAAAGCAAUCUACGAAAAAAUGUUGAAACUUGUAGGGAAUAGACUUGCUGGAUACGAUUUCGUUGAUUCUUUUCCGAAGAAAUUACGAAAUUUCAUCGAAAAUUGCCGUUUUUUGUUUUCUUUGUGGACUUUUGUAUUUUUAUUAUAAUUAUCUGUAAUUGACACAAAAUGUUACCUCUGCUGAGUAAAAAACGAUUUUUAAAAAAAUAAAAAUUGCGCUUUUCAUAGUAAAUUUUCAGAAAAAGUUCUUUUUUAAAUCGGUCAUUGCUCGAAUUUGUAGUGGCCUAGAAAAACAACUUUGAAAUUUUAAAAUUUCAACAACCUUCGAAGAAAUUUCGCGAUUUUCUCCGAGAUAAACCAACUAAAUCGUUUGCAGCAAGUCUCUUUGAUUUUGUCCUCUAAAACUUUUUCGUUUAACUUGUUUAUUAUAUAUGUUUUUCGACUGCUUGCUUUGUUUUCGAUUAUGUCCUGCACCAGCUGGAAAAAUGC